GAUUAGAACACACUGGAGAAGUUACUCCCUCCAGUUGGCUGAGCAGGGUUUCCAAGUCUGCCUGAAGUUCCCAGGAAGCAGGCAGAGCAGCAUAUGUCCCAUGAGGACAGUCACAGGCCUCAGCAGCACAGAGCCAUGAGGUGAGCAAAGCACCAGAGGUGCUGCCUCUGUCGCUGCACAGCAGGCUGGCCAGCCCCCUGCGAGCACAGGUCACCAGCCAAGCAUGCCAGCUUCCCUCCCAGAGCGAGCAGGGAGCUGGCUGAGCAUUUCCAGGCGAGCCCUUUGUGCCUGACAGUGUGGUACAGGUGGUGUUAAUGCUUGGGGCAGACCUCGGACCAGCCUCCUGCCUGGUGGGGGAAUGCCAAGGGGUGCUGGCCCAUGAAAACAUAAAAGAGCAGCAUCGAGGGAGAGAGAAGGCACUGCUGCCUGCCCUGCAGACUGACCCCACUCCCAGCCACAGCUCAGAAGUUCAGCCAAGCAGGAAACUGGGCACGGACAAACCCAUCUGCUGGCACCCAGAGAGAUAGGUAAAGCCAAGUGAUCUAAAUCACUCACUAAAAGGAAGAGACACUUGACAGCUUGGCACCAGUGCUAAUGAAGCCAGUAGCCUGCCCUGCUUUCUCCAUUUGUCUGGCUCUCAUUUUGGCCAGAUUCCUUGGCAUACACACCAGUUUUGUGAGAAGUCAGAAGAACCACACGCUGAUUUUCACUAAGGAAAACACAAUUCGCAACUGCAGCUGUUCCGUGGCUAUCCAUGACUGCGAUUACUGCCUGGCAAACUUGAUGUGCAACUGCAAAACAGUGCUGCCUUCUACAAUGGAAAAAACUACCUACAACAGCCACCUGACCAUCUGGUUCACAGACACCUCUGUGCUGGAGAUGGUCCUCAACUUCACAAGGGUGUGGGAUUUGAAGCUGUCCUUCUGUGGCAUCACUCCUCUCCCAACGGAAUAUUUGGCCAUUUGGGGACUUGGAAAGCUCCGGGUAAACAAGAUCAAGGGACAAUUUCCAGAGCAGAGUGUAACCAUCUCCAGCAGCAGCAGCAGCAACAAAGACUUGCUUGAGAUGCACAACAAAGACAGGCAAAUGCUUGCACAUAUUUCUUUUCUGGAUACCUCACUUUUCAAUGGAUAUUCAAUGGUGAAGUCAUACAGCGUGGAAAAUGUCUCUAGUAUCAUGAAGCACUUUCCCAGCCUGCUGUACUCUGAUGUUUUCUCAACUUCAGACAAUGAGAGUUAUGUUGUAACAUUUAUUUACUGAGUUAUUUAACACUGUCAGUAGUGAGAGGCAUGGGAGGCUAAGAGUGAUGGGAUGCCUUUAUGUCUGUCUGGUUUGUCCAGGAGGAUGUGUUAGGGGAGUGUGAGAGAACUCUACAAGGAAGCGUUUGAAGUAAGAGACUCAUCAGAUUAAUUCAGCAAACUCUUUCUUAAAGAACAAAGUAAAUGUGAAACUGUUUUCCAAA